AAGUCGGGGGUGGCGUACCCCGCAGAUUGGUGUCUGUAAUGGAGGGCGAACAAUGCAGGCCGUGGACUGCCGACGAGAUCGCUGCUUUGAGUUAUGAACAUUACAGAACCAAGUUACCUAAACAGGGGCUGCCAGACACAAGCAGGGAGUGGACCCUCCUGGCAGCUGUUAUACAAGUAGAACUCAUACCGGAGAAAGGCGCGACUAAGAAAGUGGUUGCUAUGGGAACUGGAACUAAAUGCAUUGGCCAGUCAAAGAUACGCAAGACUGGCGAUGUUUUACAAGACAGUCAUGCAGAAAUAAUUGCAAAGAGGAGUUUUCAGAGGUAUCUCCUACACCAACUAUCCUUGACAAUGUCAAAGGCCCCAGACUGUGUGUUUAUUUCGGGUUCUGAAGAAGGGAAGUGGAUAUUAAAGCCAGAGAUCUCCUUUGUGUUUUUUACUAGCCAUACCCCAUGUGGAGAUGCCUCCAUAAUACCUAUGCUUGCCAGUGAGGAUCAGCUUUUUCCAACAAUAACAUCAGAGAGUUAUGGGGAAAAUCCAGGUGAUACCAUCAACGUACCCGGACACUUGAACGCAACCUACAAAAGGAAGAGGAAUGGUGACGACCUCUGUACCACAAAUAAGAAGUUCAAACGUGAUGAUGGAGAGACGGCAAAAGGGGCUGAACCUCCUCACCAAGAAAGCAAGGUUUCUGAUCCAGUGCCCUUGGCGGUAGCGGAUGUGUACAGGACUGGGGCAAAGUGUGUCCCAGGAGAGACUCAGGACAGUCGUAACUCGGGGGCUGAUUAUCACAGCAUUGGGGUACUCCGGAUCAAACCAGGCCGCGGGGACCGUACUUUGUCUAUGUCGUGCAGUGAUAAGAUGGCUCGUUGGAAUGUGCUUGGCUGCCAGGGAGCUCUCCUCAUGCACUGCCUCCAGAGGCCUAUCUAUCUGUCUGCGGUUGUGGUCGGAAAGUGUCCAUUCAGCCAUGAUGCUAUGGAGCGAGCUCUUGUCAACAGGUGCCUUAAGGUGGAAUCACUGCCAGAGGGAUUUCGGAUAGAAAAGGUGCAAGUCUUGCAGUCAAAAUUGCAUUUUCAUCAUGGAAGAGAUGCGCUUAUGGAAAAGGGCUGCACCAGAAAACUUGUUCCAUGCGGGGCAGCUGUUAGCUGGAGCGCGGUGCCACACCAGCCGCUAGACGUCACGGCAAAUGGCUACAGGCAAGGGACAACCAAAAAGGCGAUUGGAAGCCCACAGUCCAGGUCACGGAUCUGUAAAGCAGAGCUGUUUGCGGCAUUCCGGCAGCUGGUUCAGACAUUACCACCAGAGCAGCUCUCUAAGUCCCUCAGCGUUGGAGAACUGAAGACAUAUUGUGAUUACAAAGAGGCAGCCACCACUUACCAGGAAGCCUGGAGGCAGUUACGGGAACAAACAUUCACAUCAUGGAUCCGAACGCCGCGUGAUUACCUUCUGUUUACCUGAAAGCAGCAUUUACACACAUUAUGGUUUUACUAUAACAUUGGCAUUAAAGUUCAUCAUCAUGGCAGACUAUACAGUAAGGUAUAUGACUUUUUUUUGUCAUAUCAGAAAACCAUCCCACGUACAUUGAACUGUAAAUACACAAUGCAGUGGCUGUCCGCUAGGGAGUACAUUUACCAUAAACACGUACAAGCCUCUCCUAGCCUCUGUAAGGCUUGCAAAGACUCAUGGGAGUUGUAGUUUGGUGAUGGGAGUUCCAUGUCUCACCAUCACUGCGUCUCAUGACACUGGUUCUUCAACACGGUAAUUCAUCGUAACAGGUGAAUUCCCACCCAAUGUACAAAUUGUCAGGAUAUGUAACCUUUUGCAAAUGUGAUUGUUCCUAGUGAUUUUUCUGUGGUUUUCUAAUUCAUAAAUACAAGCAAGGUUGUUUUCAUUCCGAACCGUUGUUAACACAGGGUAACCGGAAUGCUAACAAUUUGUGGAGAGUUGGGGGAAAAAAAUCACAGUUUACCUCUAAAGUGAAUGCCGUUGUUGCUGGUUUUGGUUCUGAUUAAUUUGCCGGACAAUUUUUAUAGUAACCGCAGAACCAUCUAAUAAAAGCCGUGUGAAUAAAA